GUCAUCACACAGCUGGCAGGGAAGGAGGGAGGACUGCAGCACAGGAAGUGCAGCAGGAACCACGAACGACGGGAAUCACGACAUGACUCCUCCAGACGGAGCCGCCAGUUAAAACCAGCGCAAAUAUCCCACCGCGGCGGUCGGAUUCAGGGGGGACAUGGGGGGCUCUCAGAGCGUCCAGAUCCCCGGCGGAGGAUCCGAAGGUUACCACGUCCUUCGGGUGCAGGAACAUUCCCCGGGUUACCACGCUCGACUGGAGCCAUUCUUUGAUUUUAUCAUCUCAGUUUGUGACACUAGACUGAACAGGGACAACGACACCCUGAAAGAGCUGCUGAGAGUGAACGUGGAGAGGCCGGUCAAGAUGCUGCUGUACAACAGCCGGACGCAAACUGUCCGGGAGACGACCAUCACACCCAGCAACACGUGGGGCGGCCAGGGCCUUCUGGGGCUCAGCAUUCGCUUCUGCAGCUUUGAACGAGCCAAUCAGAACAUUUGGCACGUCUUGGAGGUGGAGCCAAACUCUCCUGCAGGCCUGGCUGAUUUGAGGCCCUAUGUUGACUACAUAAUCGGAGCGGACACGGCUAUGCGUGAGAGCGAAGACCUGUUCUCUCUCGUCGAAGCGCACGAAGGGAAGGAGCUGAAGCUCUACGUUUACAACACAGACGCAGACAACUGCCGAGAGGUGAUCAUCACCCCGAACUCUGACUGGGGCGGAGAUGGCAGUCUCGGGUGUAAGAUUGGGUUUGGUUACCUGCACAGGAUUCCUACACUUAAGGAGGAAAAGAACUCCCGUUCCCCUUCACAGAAUCAUAAGGCAUCUCAUAUACCCAAAGACGGCUACACAGAGGUCCAACUCUCUGCUGUCAUUCCAACCGUUCCAGUUGUCGUCUCGUCUUCUGCUCCAACUGGAUUAGAGCAGCCUCUCAGCAGCUUAUCAGUCAGCUCUGAGCCAACGGCUGUCCUCGUUAACACGCCGACAGGAAUUCCCAUCAUCCCACCGCCCAACCAUAUUCCCAAGCAAUCACACCGUCUGCCUGUAAAUGGUGCUGCAACACAGCCAGGCUUGAUUCCCGUUCCUGGAGCUAUUCCAGCCUUCAAUAAUUUCCCAAACCUAAACGCUACUUUGCCAGAAGUGGGUCAUGUUCCGCCGCCUGGACUUGGGAUACAGCAUGACGGUCUUCCUCCUCUCAACCUUCCAGCUGCAGUUUCCAGUGUUACUCCUCCUGACUUCAUUUAUCCACCCGUUGCUGUUAAUUCACACACCGCCAUCUAUCCCUCUUCCACCGUCCAUAUGAACAGUUCACUGACCAAAGCCCCCAACCAUUCAUCGGUGCCCAACUCUGGAGCAAUUAAUUUCACUGUAACUGUGGACUCAUCUUAGCACGAGGGGACUCAUAAAGACGACACCUCGCCCUCAAGUCCUUCCACACCAUAAGCAGUCAGUCGCUGACAAAUUGGUCGUUUAAACCAUGUUUGCAUAUGAGCUCCUGGAGGACGCUGAAGAUACAUGUGAGGAAUUUCAGCUGAAUUUAGACAUAACUCAAGGCUGGUACUAUGCAUUUUCACUUGUCUUCAGAAGCCGAUCAUAAAAUGUGGAAAACUCGAAUGCGGUUGUCAGCAUCAUUUCAUUUUAGUGGUUAGAUUACUGAAAAGUAUCAAGAGAAAAAUUUAAAAAGCUUGAGACGUUGCUGAGGAUUCUUUUUCAGGUUUGUUUGCAGUGUUGUAAAACCUUCUUUGAUUGCAAAAAAAAAAAACA